AUGCUGGAUCUGGAGGUGGUGCCUGAGCGCUCUCUGGGGAACGAGCAAUGGGAAUUCACGCUGGGAAUGCCUCUGGCUCAGGCAGUAGCCAUUCUUCAGAAGCACUGUGGCAUCAUCAAAAAUGUCCAGGUUCUCUACAGUGAUCAGUCUCCUCUAAGCCAUGACCUCAUCCUUAACCUGACUCGAACUGCCUGUCACAUCCUCCUCAGCGGGUCUUCAUGUGCCACCUGUGGGUUUUCUUGGACACCUUGCCAGUGUUGA